AUGGCAUCCGGACUAGCCUCUUCAUACCCCCAACUUCUGGUUUUCAGAAUGUUCAGCGGCAUGGCAGGUGUUGCACCGAUGACCAGCGCGUAUGGUGUCUACGCUGAUCUCGAAGCUGACAUUACUGCCCGGGGCCGGCUGUGUGCAAACCUCGUAACGGCUUCUCAAUCAGCCCCCAUAUUUGGCGCGUUUAUAGGAGGCUUCAUCGCUAUCCCCGGCUGGCGAUGGUGUUGCUGGUUUUGUCUCAUUUGUGCCGGCAUCACUUUGCCCAUGUCAAUCUUCAUGCCAGAGACCUUUGCGCCCAUCAUCCUGAAGCGCCGUGCUGAGUUAUUGCGGAAGACAACGGGCAAGAUGAACAUUGUCGCCCCAAUUGAACUCAGCCACCAGGGCUUCAAGGACAAGGUGACCUCGAAUUUUUCUCGGCCGUUCCAUAUGCUGUUUACUGAGCCUAUAGUUUAUUGUUCUGCCAUCUUCCUUUCUCUGACUUAUGCCAUGGGCUUUGUCUACCUGCAGGCCUAUCCCCUCAUCUUUAAAGGUAUCUACGGGUUGGAUUCCGCGUACACAGGGAUCUGCUUUCUCCCGAUCUUCGUCGGCAUCGCAAUCGCCCACGUUCUCUUCAUAUGGUAUGAGAACUUCCUGGCCAAUGCAAAAGCACGCAACGCAAGCUGGGUCGACAUUGAAGAAUACCGUCGUCUUCCGCUCGCUUGCCUCGGAGGCCCCUCGUACGUAGUGGCCCUCUUUUGGAUCAGCUGGACGGCACGCUCCAGCAUCCACUGGUCUGUACCCGCGCUGUCUGGCAUUUCGUUCGGCAUCGGGUGGAACAUCAACUUCCAGACCCUGACAAACUACGUGAACGACGCUUAUGGCAUUUACUCGGCUAGCGCCAAUGCGGCCGUGACCAGCUGUCGGUGUCUAUUUGGGGCGGUCCUCCCGCUGGCCGUCAAGCCGAUGUUCGAUCAUCUUGGAGUGAACUGGGGGUGCUCGCUUCUGGCGUUUGUGUCUCUUGCGGUUUCGGUGGUCCCGUUUGUCUUUAUCUACUGCGGGACAGGCAUCCGGGCGAGCAGCAAGUUCUGUAGGGAGUUGCAGAAGUUGCAAGAGCAUGAGAUGAAGGAAGCGUCUUCUGAUUCGGAGGCCGGAGUCGCAGUGAUCAAUUCUAGGCCGAAGGACGUGGAGAAGCAAGAUUAUCGGUAA